CGCGUAAGCAAAAUGGCAGGGAACAGCCUCGUUCUGCCCAUCGUCCUGUGGGGUCGUAAAGCCCCCACGCACUGCAUAUCCACCCUGCUGCUCAUGGAGGAUGCGUCGAUGAUCGUCACAGGCUGCCAUGAUGGACAAAUAUGUCUCUGGGACCUUUCUUUAGAUUUAGAGAUUAAUCCCAGAGCUCUGCUGUUUGGUCAUACAGCCUCAAUUACUUGUUUGUCAAAGGCCUCUGCUUCCAAUGAAAAGCAGUAUAUAGUGAGUGCAUCAGAAAGCGGGGAGAUGUGUCUGUGGGAUGUGAAUGAUGGGAGAUGCAUAGAGUUUACUAAACUAGCCUGCACACAUACUGGCAUACAGUUCUAUCAGUUUACAGUUGGGACUCAGCGUGAAGGAAGAUUAUUAUGCCAUGGACAUUAUCCAGAAAUUCUUGUUGUGGAUGCUGCUAGCCUUGAAGUUCUUUAUUCUUUAUUAUCAAAGAUAUCUCCUGACUGGAUCAGCUCAAUGACUAUCAUUCGAUCCAAUAGAACACAAGAGGAUACUGUUGUAGCAGUUUCAGUGACUGGCAUCCUGAAAGUAUGGAUAAUAACCUCUGAAGUUAGUCGGAUGCAGGAUACAACACCAGUAUUUGAAGAGGAAUCAAAACCUAUUUAUUGUCAAAACUGUCAAAGCAUUUCUUUCUGUGCGUUUACCCAGCGGUCGUUGUUGGUAGUGUGUUCCAAAUACUGGAGGGUUUUUGAUGCUGGAGAUUAUUCCCUCUUAUGUUCAGUCCCUAGUGAAAACGAUCAGACCUGGACUGGCGGCGACUUUGUGUCAGCUGAUAAAGUGAUUGUAUGGACGGAAGAUGGACAGAGUUUCAUAUAUAAAUUACCAGCCAGCUGUCUACCAGCUAGUGAUUCAUUUCGCAGAGAUGUGGGGAAAGCAGUAGAAAAUCUAAUUCCGCCUUUAUUGUACAGUGUGUUGGACAGAGCAGAUAAACAGCUACUAAUAUGUCCUCCAGUUACUCGAUUCUUCUGUGGACAUAGGGAGUUCUCCUAUAAGCUGUUAAUCCAAGGAGACUCUUCAGGGAGACUGUGUAUUUGGAGUGUGCCUGAUACUCUUGAACAACAAGAUAGUGCAAAAGGACUGCAAACGACAACUUCAGUAUCCCUCCAGGAAGCUUUUGAUAAACUUACUCCUCGCCCUGCUGGGAUUAUAGACCAACUAAGCUUAAUACCAAACAUCAAUGAACCACUUAAAGUUACAGCCAGUGUGUAUAUUCCAGCACAUGGGCGUUUGGUUUGUGGUCGUGAAGAUGGAAGCAUUGUUAUUGUGCCAGCAACACAAACUGCUAUAGUUCAGCUGCUGCAAGGAGAGCAUAUGCUUAGGAGAGGUUGGCCACCUCACCGGACUCUCCGAGGCCAUCGAAACAAAAUUACAUGUUUAUUGUAUCCUCAUCAGGUUUCUUCUCGUUAUGAUCAAAGGUAUUUGAUCUCAGGUGGUGUGGAUUUCUCAGUCAUCAUAUGGGAUAUAUUUUCUGGAGAGAUGAAACAUAUCUUCUGUGUACAUGGUGGAGAAAUUACACAGCUUCUAGUUCCACCAGAAAACUGUAGUGCAAGAGUCCAGCACUGUAUUUGCUCUGUUGCCAGUGAUCACUCAGUUGGUCUUCUGAGUCUGCGGGAGAAAAAAUGCAUCAUGCUGGCAUCCCGUCACCUUUUCCCUAUUCAAGUAAUAAAAUGGAGGCCUUCUGAUGACUAUUUGGUGGUAGGAUGUUCAGAUGGGUCUGUGUACGUCUGGCAAAUGGAUACUGGUGCACUGGACAGGUGUGUGAUGGGAAUAACAGCAGUGGAAAUCCUGAAUGCCUGUGAUGAGGCAGUCCCAGCGGCUGUGGACUCCCUGAGCCAUCCCGCCGUCAACCUGAAGCAGGCCAUGACUAGGCGUAGUCUGGCUGCUCUGAAAAACGUGGCACAUCAGAAACUACAGACUCUUGCCACUAACCUACUUGCUUCCGAAGCAUCUGACAAGGGGAAUUUACCUAAAUAUUCACAUAACUCCCUGAUGGUUCAAGCUAUAAAGACUAACUUAACAGAUCCAGAUAUACAUGUGCUCUUCUUUGACGUAGAAGCCCUGAUCAUUCAGCUACUGACUGAGGAGGCCUCCAGACCCAACACUGCACUCAUUUCUCCAGAGAAUUUACAGAAAGCCUCUGGCGGGUCUGACAAAGGAGGCUCCUUUUUGACUGGCAAACGAGCAGCCGUCCUCUUCCAGCAGGUCAAGGAAACAAUCAAAGAGAAUAUAAAAGAGCAUCUUCUUGAUGAUGAAGAUGAGGAUGAAGAAUCGAUAAGACAGAGAAGAGAAGACGGUGACCCAGAAUAUCGCUCUAGCAAAUCUAAACCAUUAACUUUAUUAGAAUAUAAUCUAACCAUGGACACAGCAAAGCUUUUUAUGUCCUGUCUUCAUGCCUGGGGCCUGAAUUCUGUUCUAGAUGAGCUUUGCCUUGAUCGUCUUGGGAUGCUUAAGCCACACUGUUCAGUGUCCUUUGGCCUCCUGUCUAGAGGAGGCCACAUGUCUCUGAUGCUUCCUGGCUAUAAUCAGCCUGUAGGCAAACCAUCGUAUGAUAGUGUGGAGUUAGGAAGGAAAAUGUCCAUUACAGAAGGGCUUGGAAAGGGGACGUACGGUGUAUCACGUGCUGUCACCACUCAGCAUCUCCUGUCUGUUAUCUCACUGGCCAACACACUGAUGAGUAUGACCAAUGCAACUUUUAUCGGAGACCACAUGAAGAAAGGUCCAACAAGGCCACCUAGGCCAGGUACUCCUGAGAUGUCAAAAGUGAAGGCACCCCCUUCAAUUUCAAGUCAUGCAGCCCAAGGACAAAUUAAGCAAGGGUGGAGCCAGCUCGCUGCUAUGCACUGUGUAAUGCUCCCUGACCUGUUGGGACUGGAUAAAUUCAGACCUCCUCUUCUGGAGAUGCUGGCUCGCAGGUGGCAGGAUCGAUGCUUGGAGGUAAGAGAAGCUGCCCAGGCCUUAUUGCUAGCAGAACUGAGAAGAAUCGAGCAGGCAGGUCGGAAGGAAACCAUUGAUGCGUGGGCUCCUUAUUUACCACAGUACAUUGACAGCGUUAUAUCACCUGGAGUAACCACGGAAGCCAUUCAAACUGGUAGUGCAAGCCCAGAUUCAUUGGGAACAGAAGCAAAAGUUCAGGAAGAGGAGCAUGAUCUGGUUGAUGAUGACAUCACAGCAGGUUGUCUGUCUGGUCUCCCACAAAUGAAAAAAAUAUCGACAUCCUAUGAAGAGAGACGGAAGCAAGCCACGGCCAUUGUCCUGCUGGGGGUGAUUGGGGCAGAAUUUGGAGCCGAAAUCGAACCUCCAAAACUUCUCACUCGGCCACGUAGUUCCAGUCAAAUUCCCGAGGGAUUUGGUUUGACUAGCGGUGGAUCAAAUUAUUCCUUGGCAAGGCACACAUGCAAGGCGCUGACGUUUCUGCUGCUGCAGCCGCCCAGCCCCAAGCUGCCCGCGCACAGCACCAUCCGCAGAACCGCCAUCGACCUCAUCGGCCGCGGCUUUACCGUCUGGGAGCCCUACAUGGAUGUCUCUGCCGUGCUGAUGGGCCUUCUGGAGCUCUGCGCUGACGCGGAGAAACAGCUUGCGAACAUCACAAUGGGGCUGCCCCUGAGUCCAGCCGCCGACUCUGCCCGCUCAGCGCGGCACGCUCUCUCCCUCAUCGCCACCGCCAGACCACCCGCCUUCAUCACCACCAUUGCCAAGGAGGUGCACAGACACACUGCCCUCGCAGCGAACACGCAGUCUCAGCAGAAUAUUCACACCACCACUCUUGCUCGGGCUAAAGGAGAGAUCUUGAGAGUCAUUGAGAUACUUAUUGAGAAGAUGCCUACUGAUGUUGUGGACCUUCUUGUGGAGGUUAUGGACAUCAUCAUGUAUUGCCUUGAAGGAUCUUUAGUUAAGAAAAAGGGUCUUCAGGAAUGCUUUCCAGCCAUCUGCAGGUUCUACAUGGUCAGCUAUUACGAGCGGAGUCACAGAAUAGCAGUGGGAGCUCGCCAUGGUUCAGUGGCCCUCUACGACAUCCGGACUGGGAAAUGUCAGACUAUCCAUGGCCAUAAAGGACCGAUAACUGCGGUGGCUUUUGCCCCUGAUGGCCGGUACCUCGCCACGUACUCCAAUUCCGACAGCCACCUCUCCUUCUGGCAGAUGAACACCUCUCUCCUGGGGAGCAUCGGCAUGCUGAACUCUGCGCCCCAGCUCCGCUGCAUCAAAACCUACCAGGUGCCCCCCGUCCAGCCAGCCUCGCCGGGCUCUCACAACGCCCUCAGGCUGGCACGGCUCAUCUGGACCUCCAACCGAAACGUCAUCCUCAUGGCUCACGACGGCAAGGAGCAUCGCUUUAUGGUCUAGGCCGGGAGAAGGAAGGCGACGGCGCUGGGGAACGUGCUCCUUGCGUGGCGCAGCAGAAGCAGGGGAUCAGUAACACUGUGACGGCGCUCCUCGGCCAGAUCUGCAGCGGCAGGAAUCAAACCAGGCUUUGCAGCCGGGCUGAACCCAGCCCCUUCCUCGCUGGAUAUUGAGUUCACGCAGCAGCCCUCAUUAAACACGUUUUUCCUUCGGAGACGCUUGCAGAAUCUCAGUGUUUACCAAAAAAGGCUCAUUGUUUACAUGUACUUUCUCCUAGUGACCACUGAAUGAUGGUGGCUGAUGCAUCUCAGAGCUAGGCACUUGGCUUUCUUAAUGAGGGGCUCGUUGCCUCGAGAUGGGGAGGGGGUUGAGUUUCGGGGGGUGGAUGGCCUGUGUUCUGAUCUGAAGGGGAUGUUUCCUCAUGCAAAGUCUCGGUUUUCAAGAGAAUCGGAAGUGCUGCUGUGCUCAGUCACUGUUUGCUGUAGUCUGGAAGAAAGAAUAAUAGUCCACAUGUAAAUAAAUUAAAAAAAAAUCUCUUUAAGAUGGAAUAGCAAACUUGAAAAAAGGAGUAUUUAUAUAUAAAGGUGGUUUUUGCUACCAAUGCAGGUAUUUAUUUAAAAAAAAAA